AGGCAGCGGAGCUCAGGAGCCUGCGGAGCCGGGACCACCGAGAUGGGAGCCUGGCCGCACCAUGGGGCCCUCUGGGUCGCGAUGAGGACCUAGGGCACCUGCCUGCUGACUGCCCCGGCCCACGGUGACCAUGGCCCCCCGCAAGAGGAGCCGCCAUGGCCUGGGCUUCCUGUGCUGCUUUGGGGGCAACGAGCUCCCCGAGAUCAAUCUCCAGGACCACUGCCCACUGCAGUACAUGGAGUUCUCCAGCCCCAUCCCGAACCCGGAGGAACUCAAUGUCUGCUUUGCAGAGCUCGUGGACGAACUGGAUCUCACCGACAAAAACCGGGAGGCUGUCUUUGCACUGCCCCCCGAGAAGAAGUGGCAGAUCUACUGCAGCAAGAAGAAGGAGCAGGAGGACCCCAACAAACUGGCGACCAGCUGGCCUGACUAUUACAUUGACCGCAUCAACUCCAUGGCUGCGAUGCAGACUCUGUACGCCUUCGAUGAGGAGGAGACAGAGAUGAGAAACCAGGUUGUGGAAGACUUGAAGACGGCUCUCCGGACACAGCCCAUGAGGUUUGUGACCCGCUUCAUCGAGCUGGAGGGCCUGGCCUGCCUGCUGAAUUUCCUCCGGAGCAUGGACCAUGCCACCUGUGAGAGCCGCAUCCAUGCCUCCCUCAUUGGCUGCAUCAAGGCGCUGAUGAACAACUCGCAGGGGCGGGCGCACGUGCUGGCGCAGCCCGAGGCCAUCAGCACCAUCGCGCAGAGCCUGCGCACCGAGAACAGCAAGACCAAAGUGGCCGUGCUGGAGAUCCUGGGUGCCGUGUGCCUCGUGCCUGGGGGCCACAAGAAGGUCCUGCAGGCCAUGCUGCACUACCAGGUGUACGCAGCAGAGCGCACACGCUUCCAGACUCUGCUGAAUGAGCUGGACCGUAGUUUGGGUCGGUACCGGGAUGAAGUGAACCUGAAAACAGCCAUCAUGUCCUUCAUCAACGCCGUCCUCAAUGCUGGUGCUGGGGAGGAUAAUCUGGAGUUCCGGCUACAUCUACGGUAUGAGUUCCUGAUGCUGGGGAUACAGCCUGUGAUUGACAAACUCCGGCAACAUGAGAACGCCAUCCUGGACAAGCACCUAGACUUCUUUGAAAUGGUCCGGAAUGAGGAUGACCUUGAGCUGGCCCGGAGGUUUGACAUGGUCCACAUCGACACCAAGAGCGCCUCCCAGAUGUUCGAGCUGAUCCACAAGAAGCUGAAGCACACCGAGGCCUACCCCUGCCUGCUCUCUGUCCUGCACCACUGUCUGCAGAUGCCCUACAAGCGGAACGGUGGCUACUUCCAGCAGUGGCAGCUCUUGGACCGCAUCCUACAGCAGAUCGUCCUGCAGGACGAGCGGGGCAUGGACCCUGACCUGGCCCCACUGGAGAACUUCAAUGUCAAGAACAUUGUCAACAUGCUCAUCAAUGAGAAUGAAGUCAAACAGUGGCGAGAGCAGGCAGAGAAAUUCCGGAAAGAGCACUUGGAGCUCAUGAGCCGGUUGGAGAGGAAGGAGCGGGAAUGUGAGACGAAGACUUUGGAGAAGGAGGAGAUGAUGCGGACGCUGAAGAAGAUGAAGGACAAGCUGGCCCGGGAGUCCCAGGAGCUGCGCCAGGCUAGGGGACAAGUGGCAGAGCUGGUGGCACAAUUCAGCGACCUCUCAACGGGCCCUGUACCUGCUCCACCUCCCCCCGGGGGCCCACUUCCCUUGUCCUCCUCUGUGACAACCGAUGACCUGCCUCCGCCCCCGCCCCCUCUCCCUUCACCUCCGCCCCCACCGCCCCUUCCGCCUGGUGGGCCUCCCACUCCCCCGGGCGCCCCGCCUUGCUUCGGCCUCAGCCCAGCCCUGCCUCAGGACCCCUUCCCCAGCAGCAACGUCCCGCUCAGGAAAAAGCGUGUCCCGCAGCCUUCCCACCCGCUGAAAUCCUUCAACUGGAUCAAGCUGAACGAGGAGCGGGUCCCUGGUACCGUAUGGAAUGAGAUGGAUGACAUGCAGGUAUUUCGGAUUCUGGACCUAGAGGAUUUUGAAAAAAUGUUCUCAGCCUAUCAGAGGCAUCAGGAGCUGAUAACUAAUCCUUCUCAGCAGAAAGAGCUGGGCUCCACUGAGGACAUCUACCUGGCGUCCCGCAAGGUCAAGGAGCUGUCGGUUAUUGAUGGCCGGAGGGCCCAGAACUGCAUCAUCCUGCUGUCCAAGUUGAAGCUUUCUAACGAGGAGAUCCGGCAGGCCAUCUUGAAGAUGGAUGAGCAGGAGGACCUCGCUAAGGACAUGCUGGAGCAGCUCCUCAAGUUCAUCCCUGAGAAGAGUGACAUCGACCUCCUGGAGGAGCACAAGCAUGAGAUUGAGCGGAUGGCCCGCGCUGACCGCUUCCUCUAUGAAAUGAGCAGGAUCGACCACUACCAGCAGCGACUGCAGGCCCUGUUCUUCAAGAAGAAGUUCCAGGAGCGGCUGGCAGAGGCCAAGCCCAAAGUGGAAGCCAUCCUGCUGGCCUCUCAGGAAGUGACACGCAGCAAGCGUCUAAAGCAGAUGCUGGAGGUUGUCCUGGCCGUCGGCAACUUCAUGAACAAGGGGCAGCGCGGGGGUGCCUAUGGGUUCCGGGUGGCCAGCCUCAACAAGAUCGCUGACACCAAGUCCAGCAUCGACAGAAACAUCUCUCUGCUCCAUUACCUGAUCAUGAUCCUGGAGCAACAUUUCCCUGACAUCCUGAACCUGCCUUCGGAGCUACAGCAUCUCCCAGGAGCCGCCAAAGUCAACCUGGCAGAGCUGGAGAAGGAGGUGAGCAACCUCAAGAAGGGCCUGAGAGCCGUCGAGGUGGAGCUGGAAUAUCAGAGACGCCAGGCGCGGGAGCCCAGUGACAAGUUUGUCCCCGUCAUGAGUGACUUCAUCACGGUGUCCAGCUUCAGCUUCUCAGAGCUGGAGGACCAGCUCAAUGAAGCCAGGGCGAAGUUCACCAAGGCGCUGACGCACUUCGGGGAGCAGGAGAGCAAGAUGCAGCCGGAUGAAUUCUUCGGCAUCUUCGACACCUUCCUGCAGGCCUUCUCGGAGGCCCGGCAGGACCUGGAGGCCAUGCGGAAGAGGAAGGAGGAGGAGGAGCGGCGGGCGCGCAUGGAAGCCAUGGUGAGAGGCCGGGCUAGGCGCAAGGUCCUGGCGGGCGGCUCGCUGGAGCUGGAGGAGGGCGGCGAGUUCGAUGACCUGGUGUCGGCCCUGCGCUCCGGGGAGGUGUUCGACAAAGACUUGUCCAAGCUCAAGCGCAGCCGCAAGCGCUCAGGGAGCCAGGCCCCGGAGGUCACCCGCGAGCGGGCUCUGAACCGGCUAAAUUAUUGACUGGGAACUGGCGGGGCCUGCGGCGCUGCGCGGAUCAAGCCGGCGGUGAGAUUUCAAUUCGGUGCUGGAUGUGGAGCCCGGGGCUGGGUCCUGGGGUGAGAGGACUCUGCACCCGACCAGGCGUUUCCCCAACUGACGUUCAGGGCUCCUCUCCUCUCCCCUCACAAGAUUCUUUCUGGGUCCUGGCCCCGGGGGUCAUUCUUGGAGCUAGCUCGGACCGCCCUGGCCAGGAACCCCAGGCUGUGGGCUCCUGUCCCCCACCCCGGCACCCACGUGUCAGGACAGAAUUCAGAUCCAGACCGGAGCGAGGGGUGUGGCAGAGGGGUUAGAUCUCCCUGGGGCCAACGUUGCCACGGGAUGGGAACUAGUAAGAGGCAUCCUGUGGCAUAGCGGCUAGCUCAGCUCUGGCCCGUUCCAGGAAAACCACCGCGCUGGGAGACGAGACAGGGCCCAUAGCCACGAGGACAGAGUAGCAGCUUCUUAAAGUGCAGGCCCUUUGGUCUCUCCCCAACCACCACUAAUGUACACCCCAGAAGCUUACCCUUAGUUCCAGGAUGAGGGCUCGCUCUUGGCUGGAUCUGCUAAGGGGGCGUGAGAGAGAGAGCGAGAGAGAGAGCGAGAGCGAGAGAGACCUCUCCCCAUCAGCGCAUCUCAUGCGAUCACGCCUCACAGCGCCUGACCAUUGUCCAAGAGACAGUGACCUCACUUGUGGCUGGCAGCGCCUCACCAGAGGGUAACACUUGAAUGCCUAGCCCCUGCAGGAGCUGCCUCUUUUAUCAUCACUUUGACCACACCCUCUCUCUAACACCAUGGGGCAGAAGCCACCUGAGCCAUUCGUCCAUCCUGCAGGGGGCCACUGGGAACUGCAUGUGCCUGGCCCUGGGGACUUCAGUCCUCAGGGCCAGAGCUGCCCAUGCCUUUAUGUGUCACCAUUUCUAAGGGUGGCCUCUUGGGGACGUCAGAGUGGAGGCCAGGGGAUGCUGGGGCCGUGUGGAUGGAGGAAGGCAGCUUUGUUGGGGGUACCUGCUCUCUGGUGCUGCUUGGUUCUUCCCGACUUCCAGGGGUGCUUCGGGCCCUCCCUCAGCUCCUUUAUUUUUGUCCAUCUUGAGCUGUCCUCCCACGGUGGGCGAGAUUGCUGGAUUUAGGCAAAUUUUCUAAAUGGAGGGAGUGAGGUCAGUUCCAUCAAGGCUCUUAUUUUCCACACUGCCCCCACCCCUUCUUGAGGCCAGCCGGGCCCGGCCCUUCUGUCCUGCUCCUUUGCUUCGGGCUCUCUGCCAGGGUACAGACUGCUGGGUUGGGCUCCUGCUGCUGGUCUUUACCGCGUCAGAUGCCUGGGGUGGUGGGCACAGAGCCACAGCGGAAGUGAGGUUGGUGAGCACGGCAUGUGUGUUGGUUUGAGGGGGUGGGCAGGUGUGUUCCGGUGGGAGGGAUCUGAGCAAGUACAAGCCAGGCCAGCCUGGGGCCCAGGAGAGGGUAAGGUGGAAGCUUGUAGGGAGAGCAGCUGCAGAGUCCGGUUGGGCCCAUCUGAACCCCAUGGCCUCCCCCUGUGAGGAGCAGGCUAUGGGACAGUGACCCCUUAGGGUCCUCUCCCAAACUGGCCUGCCUGAUUUAGCCUAACACGUGAGGGCCAGGGGAGGGUCCACUUCUAUGCGACAGGCAUGUCCAAAUCCCGGACUUCCCACCUCCCAUGGAAAACCAGCUACGCACCGCGAAGGACCAGGAAUAGAUGCAGUCUAUCUUCAGAAAGGCAGAGUUCGGUUUAUCUGUUUACAGAGGGCACAUAUGUUGUUCUGGAGCCCAGCCUUCUCACCCCAGAAGCUUUUCUCUUUCCUAUUUAUUAUUUUCUAGAUCUGGCCCAUGGUUCUUGGUACUAGUUGAUGCCAGUGUAGCCGGACUGGCAGUGCCAUGGACCAUCACGCCCAGCUAAGCACAACGGGGCCGGUGCCCAUGAAGAUGGCGGAGGUGGUCCUUGAUGUUAAAUGAUUAAGGCUAUUACACGUCCCUUGGUCUUCCUUUCCCCAUGUCCCACGGCUCUGGCUCCCUUUGGGUAGAAUUCUCCAGCUGUCAACCUCAUGCAACCCUUCUUAGCAGCAGGAAGCACUUAUAACCUAUCUAGAGAUGGGAAUACGUUUGGGAGAAAUUUCUCUGGACAGGUGGGGAAAGCUCUGGUUCAGGCUCGCCUGGCCCCUGGCCCCGGCCCAUCGCUACCAAUGGGGAGCUGUGACGAUCUCCCCUGUCCUCUCCCGGGGACCUCCAACCUUCAGGCCAAGGCUGCUCUCACCAGUUGUCUCAGAUGACAAAUGAGGCUCAUGUACAAAAUCUGCAGUGUUUUUACCGACACCUUUUUAUAAGAAUAUAUUGUAAUACUAAAAAAUAUUAAAUCCA